CCAGGAAGAAACUGAACUGAAGAAGUGACUGAAAAAGAAAUUAAGGAACGAUUUGAAGGAAUAAAUUCAUUUCUUAACAAGAUCAACUUUGAAUUAAAUGGCUGAUAAACAGAUCAGUUUACCUGCCAAGCUGAUCAAUGGAGGGAUAGCUGGGCUGAUUGGGGUCACCUGUGUAUUUCCCAUUGACCUGGCAAAAACUCGCCUGCAGAACCAGCAAAAUGGCCAGCGGAUGUACACCAGCAUGUCUGACUGCCUCAUUAAAACAAUUCGGUCAGAAGGCUACUUUGGCAUGUACAGAGGGGCUGCAGUGAACCUGACUCUAGUGACACCAGAAAAGGCUAUCAAACUGGCAGCCAAUGAUUUCUUCCGGCAUCACCUCUCCAAAGACGGGAAAAAGCUGACGCUGCUGAGGGAGAUGCUGGCAGGCUGCGGCGCGGGUACCUGCCAGGUGAUUGUCACCACUCCCAUGGAGAUGCUCAAAAUCCAGCUGCAGGAUGCAGGGCGAAUUGCGGCACAGAAGAAGCUGAUGGCAGCGCAGGCCCAGCUCUCCUCUUCCUCUGCGGUGGGGGCAGCGGAGCCAGCGAUGGAAACGCGGACCACAGCAACACAGAUAACAAGGGAGCUGCUGCGGAGCAAAGGCAUCGCGGGACUCUACAAGGGCCUGGGAGCCACGUUGCUGAGGGAUGUCCCCUUCUCCAUUGUUUACUUCCCACUGUUUGCAAACCUGAACAAGCUGGGCCAGAAAGACCCCAAUGUCAAGGCUCCGUUCUAUGUGUCCUUCCUCUCUGGAUGUGUGGCUGGCAGUACGGCUGCAGUGGCUGUUAAUCCUUGCGAUGUGAUCAAAACUCGGCUGCAGUCCUUGCAGAGAGGAGUGAAUGAGGACACCUACUCAGGAAUCCUGGAUUGCACCAAGUAA